CUAAUUGUAAUCGUACUAAUCGGUUUAUUCUCUGCCACGGUCAAUGUAGUGACGGCCGAGUUGGAACUGGACACUAGCGUUGAUUUGGUGGAGUGCGUUCAGUGUGUGCAGUUAUGGCGAGCAGCGUCACAACGUGACACAAAAGCCUGUGGACGCAUGCGAAAACCUGCAAAGAAGUGGCAUGCUUUCAUGGUAGUUGCACAACUGCCCAUCUAUCAUAAUGUCAGGAUGUGUAAAUCUGACACCAUGGAAAUGGACCAUGAGUAA